UCAAAUUUUAGAGGUCUAGGAGGGAAAUUCUGACCUGCCAGGUUGGCAGCCCUGGCUUCGCCCGCGAAAUGGAGACCAUGGAGGUGUCUAGCAUGGGAGUAACUUGGACGCGACAGAUGACCGACGUAUUCGUGGAUGAAUAUAAGACAAUGCCAUGCUUGUGGGAUGGCGGGCACCGUGACUACCACGAUCGCAGCAAGCGUCUUGUAGCCUUAGAAACCAUGCGGAGAAACUUAGCCCAUCUACACUCAAAUAUGAGCGUGUGGGACAUAAAGAAGAAAAUCAACAGUAUGCGCACUCAGUACUCAUACGAGCGAAGUCGAGUGAUCGAAUCUCAACGGGCAGGCAGCGGCGAGUUGUACGUGUCGAAAUGGUGGUGUUAUGAUAAGUUGGACUCAUUCCUGCGUAAUCACGUCGUUGUGCGCAAAGGCUUUCCUGGGAAAGCCACUAGUACUCAAAGUGCCGGUGCAACAACGGGAAGUACCACCUUGCAACAGUGCUACAGCCCAUUGGCCCUCCCCUCAGGCGAAAUCCAGGUCCACGAGAUCAUUGAUGACGAUGAAGACUCUGACCGUGCUGUGGACCAGGCAUCCAAUGACAGCUCUACGGAACUACGUAUUGACAAGCCUGAUACUCCAUCAUCUCCCCAAAGCGAUUCGACCACUGUGCAGUCAGGUGUAGUGAAAGUUAUUUCUAUCGACAGCGAUAGUCAAGUUCCUUCAGUUACAAUUACACCUAUCACCAGCUCGUCGACAUCAUGUAGCGUGCCUUUUGUGACAUCUGUCCAUAGUCAGCACAUAACUUCUGCAGGCAGCAUAACAAAGAACUGUCAGAAUGCACAGCCGAUUGCUGCACCACGGCAUGUGCCACCAACUGUCCCUUGUGAGAAAGUCGACCAGUGCACAUUUUGUGAUUUGCCACAAAAGCCUAGAUCUGGCAAGAUGAAACAUCAGAAUGGACUGGCAUCGACAGAUGAAGAUGACGAUAGUCCACAAGAAAAACGCCAAUGCGAGGCGCCAAAUGCUUUGAGAGAUGUUUCGACGCUCUCUGACUUCCGAGCAUGCCUGACAGCUUUCAAAGAUGUCCUCCUACUGCAAGAAUCUCGACGAACCAUGCAGGAAGACAAUGAGGAUGACGUUAUUUUUGGACGACACAUUACUCACGAGCUACGAUCCAUUACUGAUCCUCAAUUGAAGCGCUGGGCUAAACUACAAAUACAAACUGUUAUAUAUCAGGCACAGAGUAAUGUGUCUGGAAGGACGGCCUUAACUCACUCACCAGAUACUGGCACAACAAUUGUCACACCAGGAGAGUGGAUACCCAUGGAUGUUGAUUUAGGGGCCAACCAACCAGUCUGAAUGUGCUCCCAUUGUAUGUACUUGCUAGUCAAUCCAUACUGUCCAUUAAUCGUGGUAGUAGCUCUCAAGCACAGGAUACCUAUAAUGCCCAACUGGACAUAAAUACAGCACUGUCGUUACAACAAGAAGAAAAGUGUUGUAGUAGUAUUUGGUGCUAAUGGGGCAACAGGGAGAAGGCUACUUAUGAGGACAACCCAAACCCACGAUCUCUGGAAAACGCAUAAAGACCAAUAUGCAACAUACUUCAAGGAAGCGCCAUCUUCAUCUCCCAUUUCGAGCUAGUCCUCGAGGGAAGAGGGAGAAUUAAUAGCACUUACUGAGGCGAAACACACGCAGCAGGUGAAAAAUGCAGAUUUGGAGAGCGGCAGCGCCAUGUUGAGUGCUUAUCUCACCUUGACAUCAAAGCAGCAGAUUUCACUGCUUCACACAUUACUGAUUUUUCAGGGUUGUACAUAAUAGGGGAAGGCAAGCUAGCUGGAGUGAACUCAAACAGGGCAACAUAUCCUUGAGCCUGAGGAACUGGAUGGAUGAACGUGGAAGACGGGUAGGACGGAAGUGAUCAAGGUGGGAGUUUGUAAAUUGUAUUGCGGAGUGAUAAGCUACCCUUCUGCUCAAAUUGCUUGAUCGAUUAAGCAGGGUCUUGAGCAAUCCUAGUCCUUGCAAAAUAUGUCCCCAUACUGCUCGCCAUUCCCAAUGGUAUGAUAAUGACACAAGUGCUAAGACUCGGCUAAUGCGACAACCAUUUGAGGGUGACGAGCGGAGGGCAUCCCUGUAAUACUGAGCAUUUGCGCUUCUUGAGGCCCUCCUUAAUAUCGCUGCUCAAGUCUUCUAAUAUGGACUUGUGGCCAAGAUGUGAAGGAUAGAGGUGAAAAAUGCAUUAUUAAACCAUAUGUUUGUCUUUUCUUCUGCGUUCCAGCCUCAGAACAUCAAUUUCCAUCAGACUGCCUAGCCACUGAAAGGUGGUAACGAAAUUUUCAGCCAGGGAUUUUCCCAAAAGGAGGUAACCCCGUAGGGCUCCUCUUGUUACGCAGUAUCCAUAUAAUGUUUGUACAUCAUGAUAAGCACAAUAAUAACCGUGCCCUUUAACUCUUAACAGUUGUGGUUUAGCCACCAAAGCAAGGGUAACGUAUUCGGUCAAAUGCCCGUAGGCGUAGGUCCAUAUUUUGACCAUGGCGAUGCAGCUAUUUUCCUAGGAAUUUACCAGAGAGCAUUCGCUUGGUUCAGCUUCAAAAAAGUAACCACGCCAUCCUUCAAUUCUUCUCAUGGAAGGUUCAUCAAGCAUAUGAUGCAAUGUUGUGUAGGGUAAUGAACUCAAUUGCUAUGACAUGGCCAACAAGCAGCCCGAAAGGAUUACCUCCACGGAAUAUAACUCUUGGUCACUCCUCUGCUACUUUUUACGCACAUGCUUCUAAUAUAUUAGUAGUGUAGGCUUGUAGAGGCCAUUUUGCGCUGUCAAGCAUAGCAGGCAAUGGAUUGGUUAGUUUUCAUCUCAGUUGCUUCUGGCUAUAUGUAGAAAAUUUUGUGAACGUCAAAGUCUGCCCUGAACAUAUUGCAGUUACAUAUUGAGUAUCCAAGAUUUCUCCCUGGCAUGCAAGACAUUUCGUGGUUACAAAAGCUGAUUUUUAAAGCAUUCUGAAUGUUGACAAAGGCAGGGCAUCAUCAUACUGUAAUUUGUUUGAAGUUCUGAAUACUAUAUUGUAAAUAACAUCAACUAACAUGAUAACACAUGCUAUGUGUUCCUUAUAACAAUCUUUGUUGUCUGAGAUAUCGCUGCAAGAAUGUCAUUUUUUCAUCACUGGAAGCAUAGCAUUGUGUGCUUCCGUGAUAACCCACAGCACAGACAGAAUCUCAGGGUGUUGCUGUUGAUGCCAGCAGCAUGCACGCUGGCGCUGCUACAGCACAUUGUCUUUUUUGGCCAGCACCAGCCAGCCAAAACCUCGUAGCAGUUCUGGAGCCAUUUCUAGUAGGCAGAAAGUGACCAUUUUGCAGGCUGCAUUGGUAGUGACGCUACUCUGUAGACACUGACCCAGUCUUCGAAGCAACCAGCAAAAAGAGGGAACCUGUGACGCCGGUGCAAGCGCCAUAUUGAUUUAUGGGCACCGUGGAAAGUAUCACAGAAAAAUUGUGUUUGUGAAUGAAUACUGCCCUUUCAUGAGGUCUCUUGGCCCUCUCUUGUGAAAUUAAGUACUCGUAAAUGUAUUUAUGGAAUCAUUGUUUUAAUGUUCUCUUGAGCACUUCAGAAAAGUCUAUUGGGCCAGGUCUGUUUUGUGGCUUCUGCCAUAAACGUAUGUCUCACAUGGAUCUCAUGUAUGCACGAAUGGUGUGGGACAUAGUAGCCUGUGCGUGUUUGCCACUGGUAUUGAUUUAUGAGCAUCCUUUUGAAAGGUAGACAAUUAUGGAACUGAUUCGUUCUAUACAGUUAUGAAAUACGAAAAACAAGGCGUUGUCUGUCUUUUUUAUAUCUCUGUCACUUUUCUUUUUGUAUAUCGGGCUUCACCAGAAACAGAGUUUGCUUUAUGUAUUUGCUUUGUAAAAAACGAGGGCAGGUGUACGACAGCAGUUUUGAUAAUGUUCUGCAGGAUCACAUUGUUGAGAACCGCACAGGAUUGAUUUUAUGAUGAUGCCAGUGAUUGAAUGUCUUCACGUUCCUCACCCACAAACAAGCAGGAAUAAGCAUAUUUCUAUGUAUGGUCAUGACUUUUCUUUCCUUUUUUUUUUUCACAUGUCCUGAACAGUUCUUCAACACAUGGGGACCAUCACCCGUCUACCCAAUUCCGUAUGUUAUGUAAGCAAUGUAUAUAUAGUGCAUAAGCAAUGUACAUUUCAUUGAAAAUUUAAGGAAAUAACCGUUGAUAUUUUCACCCCAUCUCAUUACAUAUACAUAUUGUAUGCUCUAUAUAUACAGUCGUCUCUCGUUAAUACGGACGCUUUCGUCCCCGACCAAAAUCGUCCAUAUUAUGGAAUACCAAGGAAAUAAUGAAAACAAUGUUGAAGGUUUAUUGGAAAAAUUCCCGAAUUAGGGCCUGCUUGAGGUAUACUUCGUUGCACAUUAGCAAAACGUCAGCAACACGUAAAGCCUGCCGCUCAUUGUCCUCAAAUAAUUUAAGAGCCAUCUGUAGUGCUGCUUGAGCCAUAGCAGGCGUGACGGUUGGCUUGGCGUUGCUGAAGUCGUAGACAUCAGGGCCUGACAACUGUACGUGUGACCUGUGGGCUUGACCUGUGGUCGUGUUCAGAACAGUCAUGACGUCAUACAGGAUUUUCCAGGCUCUUUAUGUCCGCAAAUAACCCCCUUUCCUUUUAUAGUUCUUGUGGACGGUUGCGAAGGAGAGGGCAUAGCUCCCUAUACGCAACGGAAUGUCCUACACUCAAAAAUUAUCCUGUAGAAUAUGGGGAGAGGCUUGCCCUCCACACCCAUACCGUACAUAAUAACGAGACAAAAGUACAUGGACUACAUAUGGUUUGUACCAUGCUAGACCGUCCGUUGUCCGAAAAGCGAGUUUCCAUAAUAACGAGACUAAAACGCAUUGAAAAAGUUUGGUCUCCACAAAAAUCGUCCAUAAUUCGAGUUGUCCAUAUUAACGGGGUCCAUAUUAACGAGGCACGAUUGUAUAUUAUAUAUCUGCUAAAUAGCUGCCAUCCGGCCCCUCCAGCUGAUAAUGUUGCUCAUUAUAUGAUCGAGUUAGUAUAUGAGUACAGAAAUCACAGACCCUGGAGGGACGUUGCAUCGUGUCCCUCAAAGAGGGUCCAGCAAUUCCACACUUUUAUAAACCACAAAUAAGCUGUUGUUGAUAUGGAUGAGAUUGUUGACUCAGCCUCUUCACGUUUCUCACAAAGCAAUUGAGUUAUUUUCUCAACAUUCCGAACCCAGCCGUGUGUGUGUGUGUGUUUGUUUCCUGUGAAAGCUGGAAGAAAUAAAAUAAGCAACUGAUUUGUUAUUCA